GAGCAGCUCCUGGCCGGUCAGAGCGCAGCGGAGCCCGACAGCAGCAGCACAGCGCAGCAGGUCGACGAGCAGAGUCACACCGAGGACCAUCAGCUGAGGGGCGGCGGAGCUGAGGCGGAGGCUCCGGUCCACUUGAACGGACUUGAACGGAUUUGAACCCGCUUUUCUUAUCUUCUCCCGCCGGUCUGCUGCUCUUUGUGGGGGAAUAACGGAGUUACCGUGAAAGUGGGUGAAGUACCGACAUUGGUCCGCCGCCGGCAGCCUGACAGCCGCCAGCAUGAAGAAGAACAACUCCGGGAAACGGGGUCCACAGGACUCGGCGCCGCAGCACAUUCAGCCCGAUAAGGUCGGCUGGAUCCGAAAGUUCUGCGGGAAAGGGAUUUUCAGAGAGAUCUGGAAGAACCGGUUCGUGGUUCUGAGGGGAGAUCAGCUGUUCAUCUGUGAGAAAGAGGUGAAGGAGCUGGGCCGGGCUGACGAGGUGUUGGACCUGUCGGACUACGAACGCUGUGAGGAGAUCAGGAAGAACAAGAGUCGCAGUAAAAAGAACCACAGCAAAUUCAGACUGCAGCGCUGCAGCACGCCGGGCAACACGGUUCCUAACCUGGUCUUCCUGGCUGUCAGUCCCGAGGAGAAAGAGUCCUGGAUCAACGUCCUGAAUGUCGCCAUCACUCGAGCCAAGAACAAAAUCCUGGAUGAGGUGAUCGUAGAAGACUCUCAGCUUUCUCAUCUGACCCGAGAUCGAGUGAAGAUUCCUCACACCCGACGACUGCCAACCAGAGGUCACCUGCUGGCUGUGGCCUCCACCUCCUCCUCAGAUGGGAUGCUAACUCUGGAUCUGAUCCAGGAGGAGGACGCUCCUGCUUCUCAGGGAGCCGAAGGCUGUGCCUCCCACCUCAGCUCGGACUGUCCCAGGUCCAAAACUGACGGCGCUCUCUCUGUCAAGACGGCAGAGGCUUCUGGGAAAUCCCAGAGUCUUCCCCGUGAGGUGGCGGUGGUGUGGGAGCACACGGGUCAAACCCCCCAGCCUGGAAAACGCCUGACGACAGCAGAGAAAAACCGCUGCGCCUCCAUGGACGAGAUCCUGACGCACUCAGAGACUAAAGCUGCUAAGAACAAGACAGCGGCGGCGACCCGCUCUCCAGCCUUGACGAUGAACGGCACUGCAGCGCCCAUCAGCCAGCUGCAGGAGCUGAUCAGCCAGAAGCUGGAAAAGACGGAGCGGCUGCUGAAGGAGGUGCGCGGGGAGGCUGAUGGGGAGGUCGGGGAGAGGGGGAAGAUGAAAGGGAAGGAGUCAACUGAAGGAGCGAGAGCUGAGGCAGAGAGACUCCUGAAGGAGGCGUCAGUAGCCUGGAGCCAGGCCCGGGAAGUGCUGGAGGAGGUGAAGGAACUAAGGGCGUUGUACCGACAACUGGACUCCUCUUCCACCCUCACCCCCUCGAACAGCUCCAAACUAAACCCAGACCCCAAAAGCCUGAUGUGAGCCGCAUGGUACGGACUCAUUCUGGUACGGACCGGAUUAGACCGGUCCAAUCCAGGUAAAGCCACGAAGCUGAGCGUUGCCUCUGCUUCUUUUUGUUGGACUUCAGAUGAAGCUGCUGAGAACUGGAUCAACCACUUUUAAAUUAUUUGGACAAAUUCAGGUUUUGAUUUUCAGCUGUCAGGGGGAACCAGGACUUGCCUGCUGACUGAUACAGCUCAGUGCUCAGGUGCACAAUGCCUCUUCACAAAAUAUCUUCCUUACAAAAACAACGUGUAGCAUCAAUUUAACUUAAGUUGUGUCCUUUGGGAGUAUCCUUAGAUACUUUUCCAAGCUUUGAAAAUCCCUUAAUGUCUCUCUUUGGUUGCACAAACACUUGAGGUACCUUUAAAAAAAGACUUAUCUGACGUCUCUCGUCAAAGUAAAAGAAAAUGUGCCAAGGCGAGAGAUCAGAGACGAGGAAAACCCAUCACUCUGGAUCCUUUUUAUUUCACUUUAUGAAUAUUUAUGUUGGAGAUACAUUGGUACGUCUUUUGGGAAAUCUAAAGGUAAAGUUUUAGGUGAAACAGUUGACAAUACAAAUGCAGGGUAAAUAUUGUAUGAAGGAGAGGUCAGAAGUGAAGAGGUGAAGGACUGAAUGUGACGGUAGAUGAGCAGAAGUCAAAGCUUCAGGAUUAAUUCUGGUAUUUGUACGAGCUGCUUUGUUUGAAGAUGUCCUCCUUCCUCUUCUCUGUAGACUCAGGAGAGCCACUGCUUUUCAGGGAGGUUUUGAUGGUUCAGGUUUUGAUCACGUCCACUCUGACUUUGAGUAAAGUCAAAAGCCUUUUUGGAUUAGGUACAAGUUUUAGGACCCUUGAAGACCUCCAGAUGAGGACAAACAGAUACUAUGCACCAAACCGUCCGAAGCGACCUCAGACUCUUCUUCCUCUUUUUUUCUGAAUGUGAAUUUUCUCUGAGGCUCUGGAAACUCAGUGACUGCAGUUGCAAUGUUUGACAAGAGCAGGACUGAUUUUCACAAUGUUUGAAUCCAUCUCCACGCUCCUCAGAACACCUAAAACAUACUUGAGUAGUCCCAAGAAGACCAGAUGUCAGAGUCUUUGAUUAUUCUUCUCUGCAGAUCAGGACUAGCUGCACUCUGAACAAGCGGCUAACAAAGCUAACAAGGCUAACGACUCAAGAAAUUCAAAAUCUGUAGAAGUCCGUCUAAUAUUAAGUUAGGACAAGAACAAUGAAAAUUACUAACAAGCAUGAUAGCUGUGCAGUCAUUAACAUCAGGGGAAAGUUAUGCUAAUGUUAGCUAAUAGAUUGAGAAAGAUGAGUUUAGCCGACUCAUCACGUACAAAUUCGUAACUCUUCAAAGCUGUUUCAGUCAUUCUCAACACCCUGAACCUCUUUAGCUGGUCAGUUCAGUAAACUAAAGACUAGCAAGUUAGCAUUAAUUAGCUGGCAUUAGCUAUCUGAUGCUAACGUAGCUCCCUGGCUACAGAAAACAGGGAUGAUGCGAUCUUACUGUUAUGAUCAUGGAUGUGUUAAGAGACCUGGAUAUGGCGUUGGAGGCAGAGGCCUGUUCAUUCUUAUGAAAUUUGCUCAGUGGCGCAUGAAGCCAAAAAGUUUAACUGCUGCAAAUAAAAUUAUCCCAAUUAUCUGAGAAUGUAUAUCUGCAGCUGGAUUAGCUACAUGACGCCCACCAUACCUACACACCAGUCCCCGAUCAGCCCCCUUACGCCCCUUGGCCCAUAGGUGAAGGCCGUGAUGAAAAUGCUAAAUUUGCGUUUAGCUAGCUAUGAAGUGUUAGCUUAAAAGAGAGGGUGAAUCAUGUCUUCGUGUAUAAUGAAUUAUAAAAUGGUUUAUUGCUACAUUUGGCCUCAUAUUUAAUCACUACAAUGUCGCUAUCUUAUUUUUUUUUUUUAUUAAAAACAUCUGGAUCUUAUUUAGCUGGACAGCUAGCUACCUAGCAGACACCAGAGGUCAAGGGAUACUUAAGGCAAACAGUCAUGAACCAAUAUACAGAGCUCCUAAAAACUUUGUCUAGUGUGGUUUAAAGAUAUCGAUAAUCUCUAUGGACUCUGGGGCUCGCUUGAACAUGAUAAAAAAUGAACAUGUAAAUGUCUUUUCUAAACAGUUUGCUGGACAUAAUCAGGUAGAUUAUGUCUUUCUUGAUAUAAUUAAAAUAAAAUUACUCAUCAAAAUUACAAACAGGCUGAUGCUACAGCAAAAUGGGAAGAACUGGAAAAAAACAUGUUUUACACGAACUAUUUCAAGAUGUUUUUAGGUAAAAUGUAAACUUUUCCUUGCUAUGGAUUCAUUCUUCUAACCAUGUGUACUUUUAUUUCUAACAUUUCAUCCAUACUUUUCUUCUUGUGGUGGAAAUCAGCUUCCUCAAGUCCUGAUUCUGUUGAGAGGAACAAUUAAACUCUCUGUAGACAUAAAAAUACACAAAUGUUUACCUGGAUAAAAUGAACUGGAACUGGAAUUAAAGCCAGAUUUGUUAUUUUACCUCCCAGUGAAGUGACGUGUGUCCCGCUCAGAGACGCUUCAACAGGUCACAUGAGUCUCAGCCUCCUGUAGACUUAAGUACAAUCACAGUUUUACUGAGAAAAGUUUAUUUUUUUAGACAACAUUCAGGCUUUUGUACUGUUACAGCUUAAGUUCAGCUGAUUUCUGUUGUGUGUGUGUUGGAGGUUGAAGUGUGAUGGGAGCAAUAAAAAAGUGACACAAAACAGAUUUGUUAAAAACUUCAUCUGGUUACAUAAAUUUGGAUCCACGAACAUCAACUACUCAGUCACAAAAAAUAAAGUUUGCAAUAAAAGAAAUAAGGAAUAUUUCAACAUUUUGGCCAGAAAAUUGUUUUUAUAGUCUCUAAAUUGCAGAACAUUAAAUUACAGUGGUUUUAUUACACUGCCUGUAAUGUACAACAUGUCUCCUAUUAAAGUUCAGGGCUCCCUGUGGAGGUUCUGACCUCUAAUUUAAGACCGAUGUUUGUUCAGUUAUAAAAAACACUGAAUGUAAACAGAAAGUUUGUUUACAAGAAAACUCCACAGAGCAGCUUCAACACAGUUCAUUAAUACGGAUAUAAACUCUGUUAAUGUGACUGGAUGAUGUCAUUACUUUAAUGAAUCUGAUUUGUUGUCUGUCACGUCACACCGAGCAGCUCUUCGGUCAAAAUGGUGGAUUGUUCCUUUAAUGAUGUCACUGUUCAGCUGUUCAACACAUCUUCCUGUUUCUGUUGUUUGAUCUUCCGUUUGUCUCUGUGGCACCGAGCAGCUGCUGUAGCCUUAAAACCAGAGGGGAUGAUGGGAGAUGUAGUCCGGCAGUGGUGGUGCUGUGAGUCCUGAUCAGUUCAUGUGCUAAAAUAAAAAAAAAAACCUGCAAACUGAA